AAUAAAAAAAUAAAAAAAUAACCUUAAGAAUUGAAAUCUUUUUAUUUUUUUUUUUAUUUGAAAGACCAAAAAGGAACAUUCAAAAAAAAAGUAAACAAGAAAACUAGUUUACCAAAUAGAGGUAAUAUGGAUGAAAAAUUAACACAGGAUAAUAAUAAUAACAAAAUAAAACAUUACAGCCAAGAAAAUUAUAAUAUAAAUAGUAAUAUGAUACCUUCAAUUACCUCAUCUCCUUUAAAUCAAAGAAAAAAUAGUUACAUAAAUAAUAAUAAUAAUAGUAAUAAUAAUAAUAACAAUAUUAAUGAAAGAAAUCAACAACAGGAAAAAAAGCAACAAAAUGCUUUAGAAAGAGUAUGGAAUCUAUUUUUUUCUUUAGACGGAGCAAAUAAUAAUAAUAAUAAUAAUAAUAAUAAUAAUAAUAAUAAUAAUAAUAAUAAUAAUAAUAAUAAUAAUAAUAAUAAUAAUAAUAGCCAAAAUGUAAAUAUUAACAAUAUAAAGGAAAGUGACAGUUCAAAAUCAUCAAUUUAUAAAGACGAUAAUCAAAAAUAUAUUUUAAAAGAAGAUCAAAAUGAUAAUGAAGGAUCAUCUCCAGCUUCAGCCUCAUCAGUAUCAACAUCAUUGAAUUCAUCAGAUAGUUAUUUAGCCUCCUCAUCUAAAAAUAAUAUAAUACUGGAUAAUAAACAGGAACUUUAUAAUCAAAUUAAAGAAAAAAAUGAAGAUGACGAAGAAGAAGGAGAGGAUAGAAUAUGGAAUUUAUUCUUUUCUUUAUCAAUAGAUCCACCAAUUAAAAAUCAAUCAAAUAAAAAUAACAAUAGCAAUAGUAAUAAUAAUAAUUAUAAUAAUAAUAAUAAUAAUAAUAAUAAUAAUCAUAAUAGGAACAGUAUAAAAUAUAAUAAACUAAUUAUUGAAGAUAAAAACAAUAAAAAGAUUGAAGAUAGCAAUAAUUUUAAUAUACAACAAAGAUCAACAGAGAAUAUUUAUAAACCAAUAAUAGAGAUAUCAGAUGAGGAUAGGUCAGAUCAUAAGGAACUAUAUGAAGAUGAUGAAGAAGAUUAUAAACAGGAUGAUGAAGAGCAAUCAAAAGAAUCAAAAAAACAUUUAGAAACAUCAAGUGCUGAAGUUGUUAAAAGUAUUUUUGAAAAAUCACCAUUUUUUGAACCAACUAGACCAGUUGUAGAUUAUUCAGAUCCAGUAUUUUUAGAACCUAUUGAAAGUAAACUACCAGGAAAUUUAGAAAAGAAUAAGCAUCUUUAUGAAAACAUUAAACCAAAUCCAAUACCGCUUUCAGUAAUUUUAACUGGUAUAACUGUUAGAGAUUUAGAAGGAAACGAAGUAUUGGUUACAAGUUUAUAUGAAAAUAAAAGAAUCGUUGUUGCCAUUUUUCGUAGAUUUGGCUGUUUAAUUUGUAGAUUGCAAGCUUUGGAUCUCUCAAGUCUUAAACCAAAAUUAGAUAGAAUGGGAAUCGAAUUGGUUGGUAUUGGUUUUGAUGAAGAAGGUAUAGAUGAAUUUAUCCAAUAUAAAUUCUUUGCUGGCAAAAUUUACAUAGAUAAGAAUAGACAGGUCUAUCGUGCAUUAAAUUUAAAGAGAAGAAGCAAAUUAACCACCUACGAAUUGUUUUUAGACCCACGUGUAAUGACCUACUAUAGAAGAAUGAAAGAGUUGGGUUUACCCUCAAAUUAUAGAAAAGAUGGCUUUCAAUUGGGUGCCACUUUAGUUUUGGGCCCAAGACCACAAGAAACACUAUAUGAUUUCCGUCCACAACGUUAUGCUGAUAUCUUUGAUCUUAAAGAAAUUUGGGCUGCUUGUCAAACUCCUUAUCCUGAAGAAUCAGAAAUUGGCAAUAUAAAGAAAUUGGAUUUAACAAUUCCAAAACCAAUUGCAUUAAAAUGUGAACCUAUUAGUUUCAAUUUAACAGCAUCACCAUCAUUAUUACCAGUACCACCAUCAUCAGAUCAACAAGAACAAUCAGAGCAAAUACAAGCAAAAGAAUCAAGUGGCUAUAGAGGAGGCCUAUCAAAUAUAUCAUUCAAGUUAUCAGAUAAUGUAUAUCUCAAUUCUAAAAAAGAAAGUAAUCGUAGUAGAUACAAUGAUGAAGAUGAUAGUGAAUAUUAUGAUGAUGAGGAUGAUGAAGAGUAUUACGAUGAAGAUGAUGAAGAGUAUUAUGAAGAUGAUGAAGCAAUGGAGGAUUAUGACAGUGAAGAUGAAGGUAUUCAAUUACCUAAACCAUCAGAGGAUAGUAUUAAGCUUUUACAGCUUUUAAAUUCUGUUACUGUUGACCCAUCAUUAUUUAGUUCCGUUUGUGAUAAUACUGUAAUAUUCAAACCACCAUCCCUAGCAUUAGCAGACCAGCCAAUAGACCAACAACCAUUACAACCAUCACCAAUAGUUUCAACCUCUCAAGAACAGGAAUAUAUCGAUAAAAUUAAUAAUACAGAAUACAAUAACAACUAUGGUUCAUACUAUAAGCCUUCUAAAUCAUCACUCUUUAUAAUGAAGGACAAGGAUGAAGAAGAAAAUCAAUUAAUCUAUUGCCCAUAUAAAUUCCAUGGUUAAAAUUAAUUAUUAAUUAAAAUUUUCUUUCUAUAAUACUGUUGUAAAAAAGAAAUUGUAAUUUUAUAUAGUUAAUUAUUUUAUUAUUAAAUAUAUAUGUUACUAAAUAUUUGUAAUAAUCUUCGUCUACUAUUAUAUAUAUAUAAAUAAUAUUAAAAGAUAAGACAUAUAAAGUAUAAAACCUUCAUACCUAAACUGUUUGCAAAAUAAAUUAAAGACUCUUUUGAAAUGU